UCUUGCUCCGAACCACCACCUUCAACAACAUAUACUUGCGAGAGGCGGGGUUUCCUAUCUUAAAACAAUGCUCACUGCCACCGCCGCUACCGCGGUGGAUCUCACCUUCGACGAUGACGACUGGGUCCCAGCGCAACCUGCCAAGCUCUAUCGAGCCGCGAGUGUGGGCAACAGCUGGGGAGUCACUUCUUUCGGUCGCGGCUUCAACUGGAAAUCGCACGACAAAGAACCAGACCCCGAACCACCACGCUUGCAUAUCGAGACACACUCAUCGAACGCCCAGAACACCAGUCCCGCGGCGCCCCAACAGAGCCUGCUAGCAAAAACUCGUUCUGCAUGGGUUUCUUCUCCGAGCAUGUCCCGUGGGCCCUCAACUUCUCCAUCGCCAGCGGUACCAACGAAUCCUUUGUCGCAGCCCGCGGCUUCCGGUAGUUUCGCUCCAGGGCCCCUCUCAUGCUCCCCCGUGCAGUCGAGAUGUGCUUCUCCAAGUCUACUAUCUCCAAUCGGCUCAUUUACUUCCCUUGCCAUUGCUCGCUCUCCUAUGACGUCCUCUCCUUCCUCACCGAGACUCGGCAAUGCGAAUGCUCCUCGUUCAAGACGUCGCUCAUCUCAUCAGCGAGUCUCUCUCAUUGCAGGACGCGUCUCUAUCGUACCCUCCCAACCCCCAUCGCCCCCUCCAACGGGACCACAAAGACUAGUCCGUGCAAAUAGUGCAGCUAGCUUCCUUAGCGUGGCUAGCAGUACGGGCCCGCCCACGCCAAGUGUGGACAAGACUCCAAGUGUAGGAGAGCGCAGUAUCUCAGAGUUUGUUAUUGAAGGAGAGAUAGGCCGGGGAGCUUAUGGUUUAGUGAAGCGUGCUAGAGAGAUGAAUCUCGACGGGACGUUAGGGCCUCCCCUGAUCAUCAAGCAAAUAAUAAAAUCUCGAAUCUUAGCAGACUGCUGGAAGCGGCAUCCAAAGUACGGAACGAUACCCAUCGAGAUUUAUGUGAUGUCAGCAAUCUCGUCUACGACAUACGUCCUUCCUCCCAGGAGACCUUGGGACCCGUCACGGCUAAACCUCGAGCCCGACGAUUGGUGGGUAGAAGGCAAGAUCGUGAACGGACACCCCAACAUAUGUCCCCUCCUCGAUUUCUUCGAAGACAAUCACUACUAUUAUCUCGUUUUGCCUUCCACCACCCCAGAGCCCUUCCCAGGAUCGCCUGCACCACCAGCCGACCUCUUUGACCUUGUAGAAAGCUACCCUCACGGCCUUCCCGCGAGCAUGAUUCGCAGCUUUUUGGGCCAGAUUGCGGAUGCACUUUGUUUUCUCCACGGCAAGGGCAUAGUUCAUCGAGACAUCAAGGAUGAAAACGUCGUUUUGGGGCCCGCCGGGAAGUGCGUUCUGAUUGAUUUUGGCAGUUCGGGCUUGGUGAAGAAAGGGGGAUGGGAUACGUUCAGUGGCACCCUGGACUAUGCCGGCCCUGAGAUUCUGCGCGGUGAGCGCUACCAGGGCAAGGAACAGGACGUUUGGGCAUUUGGUGUUGUGGCGUAUGUCAUGCUCGUAGGUGAAUGUCCAUUCACAACGGCGGCCGAAGCCCAAGAAGGUCUGGAGUCACCGUUUUCGAAUGCCUCGAUGGCAUUGGACGAACGUUGUGCGGAAGGGAAAGAGAGCGAGGGCGAAGAACCUGACGGAGGUGGCGCGCUUGGAGAUGCAGCGGCGCUCGUACGCGCGUGCCUUCAGCUUGAAGUCAACGCGCGACCUACCUUUGAGAAGAUUCUGCAAUGUCGCUUCUUGAGUGGUCGCGAGGGAUGGUCGUGACUGAGAUCUUUGGCUUGUGCAGAGACAACUGGGCUCAUCUAUCUGAUGCCGCGCGACCUUAGACGUGUGUGUGCAGCCUCGUUGUCUUUAUCUCACUUCAUCCGUCCCGUACCUCUUUCCUUAUGCGUCCCUUCUGUAAUGCCAUUCAUGUUAUCUCAUCGCAUCUGGAGCUCCCUCUCAUGUAGCCGAAGUCCCUAGCAAUUGCGUUACAUUACUUCGCUAAUGAUCUGACAGCAUACAGCUAUCUGUAGAGUAUCCUGAACAAAUGAUAAUUUAUUCU